UUGGCAGUAACUCCCCGGGAGAGCCAAGCUGGAAGCCGGAGAAGCUCAAGAAGGCACCUGGCUGCCGCGCGGCCGAGAAGAGGGAAAGACUUUUAUCUCUAACAGACUCGUGGGAGUCCAAAGCAAGUCUCCUUGGAGGGUAUUUCUAAGUGUGCUUAUUGGACCAUGUGCUGCUAUGUAUGCCUGAAAUACUUGAAAUGCAAAUUUGGAGACACUUUGCCAUCUAAAUGCUUGGCUGGAUUAAGCGCCUAAUUAGGAUGGUUUUUCAACAGGUUGGAGGAAGCAUGCAAUCGGUACUUUGGUCUGGGAAGCCAUAUGGUUCAUCUCGAAGUAUCGUAAGGAAAAUUGGUACUAACUUAUCUCUGAUCCAGUGCCCAAGAGUUCAGUUUCAGCUUACCAGCCCUACAACAGAAUGGAGCCCAAACCAUCUGGGAGAAGAUGCAGUGGUGUCUUUUGCAGAUGUUGGAUGGGUAGCCAAAGAAGAAGGAGAAUGUUCAACAAGACAAAGGACAGAGGUCAGAUCAAGGCAACCUCUCCAGGAUGACCUUCCUUUCUUUGAGAAGCCGCCAAGCAGGCAGUUUUCCUUACCAAACCUGUCUCCAGAAGAUCCUCAACAGAAGACAGCACUAGCAAAUGAGGAAGCAUUGCAGAAGAUCUGUGCCCUUGAAAAUGAACUUGCUGCUCUCAGAGCUCAGAUUGCCAAAAUUGUAACCCUGCAAGAACAGCAAAAUCUCAUUACAGGUGACUUAGAUCCUGCCACAUCUGUUACUACACCACCAUCCUCUAUUCCACCACCGCCGCCGCCGCCGCCCCCACCUCCCCCACCUCCCCCACCCCUUCCCCCAUCAGGGCUCCACCAAAGUGUAUCAUCCGCUAUUGACCUGAUAAAAGAGCGAAGAGAGAAAAAAGCCUGUGCUGGGAAGACUUUGGUUAAGAGCAGUCCAAAGAAACCCGAUAUGCCAAAUAUGCUAGAGAUCCUUAAAGAUAUGAACAGUGUAAAACUUCGGUCAGUAAAAAGGUCAGAACAGGAUAUAAAGCCCAAAACGGUGGAUGCUACUGACCCAGCUGCCCUCAUAGCAGAGGCUCUGAAAAAGAAAUUUGCUUAUCGAUAUCGAAGCGAUAGUCAAGGUGAAAUUGAAAAAGGAAUUCCCAAACCUGCAUCGGACGCCACCUCAGAAACAGUGUUGUUUGGGCCACACAUGUUGAAGUCUACAGGAAAAAUGAAGGCUUUAAUUGAAAAUGUUUCAACUUCCUAAUAGACAGUGAGCAGAGAAAAACUAUCCUGUUGGUUUGUUAGGGCUGUUUGACAAGUAGAAAUCAACACUAUUUAGUAAAUACCUGAAUUUAGUAUUCAGUGGUCUCCUUUAAGUCUAAUUAGAUUCAACAAUAACAAAAGCACUCUAAGUUUGUGGGGUUUUUUUUUUUUUUUUUUUUG